AUGGAAAAUACCGAGCCAUCCAUUGGCAUCGACUUGGGGACCACCUACUCGGCUGUGGGUAUCUGCGUCGGCGAUGAGGUGGUGAUCAUUGCCGACCAGUACGGCAAGAACACGAUGGCGUCACAGGUUGCCUUCUGCGAUGGCAAGGUUCUGGUUGGAGAGGCAGCAAAAUUGCAGGCAACCCGCAAUUCUGGAAAUACAAUUUAUGAAGCCAAGCGUGCUAUGGGCAGGCUCUACAAGGAUCCCGCCUUGAAGAAAAGUUUGGAGUUGUGGCCGUUCACCGUGAUCGAGCAGGCGGGCGAGCCUGCAUUCGAGAUUGAUCAAAAUGGAAAGCAAAUCUAUACACCUGUGGACAUAUCAAAACUAAUACUGGCCGAAUUGAAACAAAGAGCCUCGGAGUAUCUCGGCAAACCGAUCAGCAAAGCGGUGAUCACCGUUCCGGCGUAUUUUAACGAUGCCCAGCGAUCUGCGACAAAGGAUGCGGCGCAAAAGGCCGGCCUGGAGGUCCUGCAGCUUCUGAAUGAACCCACAGCAGCAGCCAUCGCUUUCGGGCUUGCCGAAAACAGUGAUAAAAAGAGGAACAUCCUCGUGUACGAUUUCGGCGGAGGCACGUUUGAUGUGUCGAUCAUGGAAAUUGUUGGGAGCGAGAUGAUCACGCUCUCCAAAGAAGAUCAGGCAACCAUCGAUGUCCGAGCCCUGCUCAAGGAAAAACUGAAUUUUGCUUCACUGAAUACCAAAAUUAACGCUGAAGAAGCAGUUGUUGGAGGAGCUGCGUUGCAGGCUGCGAAGUUAACAGGAAACCAAUUUGAUCGCGUGAAGAAUAUUAGCUUUUCGGAUGUAAUUCCGUUGACGAUUGGCGUUGGAAUUCUUUUCGACCGUGUUGUGGUCCUCAUUCCGCGGAAUACGGCCUAUCCGGUGAAAAAAAACGUCGUGCUGACAAACUCGUAUGACAUGCAAGAAAGGGCCAAGAUCGAGAUCUACGAAGGGGAAAGCAAGACGCAUAGCAAAAACACAUCACUCGGGAAUUUCACGAUUCCGCUUGCACCAAUGCUGGCAGGCAGGGCGAAGAUCAGCAUCACCUACGAAAUCGACAAGAAUGGGACGCUAAAAACAAGCGCCGAGGAUUUGGCAACCGGGAAGCAUGGCGAAUUGACGAUCGAGCGCGAAAAUUUUGGAAAAGCCACGAUCUUCGACGUAGAGAAGUACUUGAUGAACAAGAGUGAAUGGAAACAAACG